UACCACCCGGAGCCCCAGUACAAGGAGGAGGCCAAGCCGUACGCCUUCGACUACGCCGUCAACGACCACUACUCGGGUGCAAACUUCGCUGCCAACGAGAACAGCGACGGCAAGCAGACGUCCGGCUACUACAAGGUGGCUCUGCCCGACGGCCGUGUCCAGACCGUGAACUACGUCGCUGACCACUACGGCGGCUACAACGCCGAGGUCACUUAUGAGGGAGAAGCCCAGUACCCGGAGUACAAACCCGCCCCUGCCUACAAGCCCGCCCCGGCUCCUUACAAGCCCGCUCCGGCUCCCUACAAGCCCGCGGCGGCACCAUACACACUUCGUCAGGAGCCGGCCUAUGAGCCCUCCCUGGACCGUUCAGCCGUAGUCAAGCAGCCCAUUCUGUACGAUUCGGAGCCGCAGUACAACGGGCAGCCGAAGUCCUACGCCUACGACUACAUCGUCAACGAUCAGUAUUCCGGAGCCUACUUCUCCCAGAAGGAGGAGAGCGACGGCCACAGCACCCAGGGGUACUACACUGUGGCUCUGCCCGACGGCCGUAUCCAGCACGUCAAAUACAUCGCCGAUAGCGAAGGUGGUUACAACGCCGAGGUCACCUACGAAGACAGCGUUUCCAGCCGUCUUGACCUCGCUGCGCCCGAGAACCCGCCCGGUGUAGCGGAGCCCGACCCCGUGGAGUACCCGCGAGACGCUCCCUACAGCCCUCCAGAGAGCUAUCGCGCCUCGACGGCAUACGAGCCGGAACCGCAGACGGCCAUUCUGAUGUAA